AUGCUGCGGCAAAGGCCUUCCGCUACUGUUGUUUUUGAUGCAACCGUAGACGACGGCUCCAAAAGCCCGAAAUCUCUGGAAAUGCGCGCCAGCGCGAAUGAUCUGGCCUGCUGCUCCGGUGCGCGUCGCUUCGUGUCCACGUUCGGCGAGGCUUGGCAGCGCGCGCGUCCCGAACUUCGAGCCGCCGCGCCGACUCGUUUGGCGCGGAGGGGGGAGGCCAUCGCCACGAUAUUGGGCGGGUUCUCGAGCCCCGCUGGCCCGUUUUUCGGUGGCCACCCCCUGGCGCCGCUAGCAAAUAUGCCAACUAGGCAUACUGCAGCGAUACGGGGUACGAGCGCAGCUGCGCCGUUCAGUGCAGAGACCACCGUUGCCUUCGUAUGCCUCGGCGCAAGUACGCAAGUCAGUUACACGCCGCAGGCGAUGAAGGCGGCGAUGAAGGACAAGCGCUUUCAAGCUGCGGCGAGGAAACACGCUCUGCGCAUCACGCUCAUCCAUGGCGACAUGCUGGUGCUUUCGGGUGCUGCACUUAAGGUAUGCGGCCCGUACAGGCUGGACGCUCGCCGCUAA